GCUCUGUCUUUUCCUCUCCACACAUUCAGGUUCACUACCGCCUUUUAUCCUGACCUUGUUCACUUGCGCGCCAGCAAGGACCUGGGCUCGACAUCAUGGCAGCAAAAACAGCAGAUGAGCUGUCCAAGCUCGCUCUCAAUGGCGCUGCCACUAAACAGCCUAACCCCCAAGUUAGCGGAACAAACGGUGUCAACGGACAUUUGUCAGAUCAAGACGACUCGGACGAUGACAAAGACGACGACCCAACCACUGCAACCGCUAAUGGCUCAGGUGCAAAUCCAGCCAGCGGAGCCGCUAAGAAGAAGAAAAAGAAGAAGCCAAAGAAGAAGAAGGCAAGCGGGCCUAAAGUUCAAACGGAUCCUCCUCGAGUAGCCAUCAAAGAUUUGUUCCCUGGAGGUGUCUAUCCCGUGGGAGAAGAGGUGGAAUACAAGAAUGAGAACUCUUUCAGAACUACCAGCGAGGAAAAACGACAUCUCGACCGCAUCAACAACGAUUUCUUGCAAGAGUACCGUCAAGGCGCCGAGGCACAUCGCCAGGUUAGAAAAUGGUGCCAUGCUCACAUAAAACCUGGAAUGUCCUUGACCGAGAUCGCCGAGGGUAUUGAGGAUUCCACUCGCGCCCUGACGGGACACCCUGGUCUCGAAGAAGGCGACAAUAUCAAGGGAGGUGUGGGCUUCCCAACCGGCCUAAGCAUCAACCACAUUGCCGCUCAUUAUACACCCAAUGCCGGAAAUAAAUGGAUUCUGGGCGAGAAGGAUGUCAUGAAGGUCGACUACGGUGUUCACAUCAAUGGACGCAUUGUCGAUUCGGCCUUUACUGUGGCAUUCGACCCCAAGUACGACAACCUCCUCAAUGCGGUCAAGGAUGCCACCAACACUGGCAUCCGUGAGGCUGGAAUUGACGUCAGAGUGUGCGACAUUGGAGCUGCGAUUCAGGAGACUAUGGAGUCAUACGAAGUCGAACUCGACGGCAAGACAUAUCCAGUCAAGGCGAUCCGCAACCUCAACGGUCACGACAUCAUCCAACAUAGUAUCCACGGUGGUAAAUCCGUACCUAUCGUCAAAGGUGGUGAUCAAACCAAGAUGGAAGAAGGAGAAAUCUUUGCCAUCGAGACCUUUGGCAGCACCGGGCGCGGCUACGUCACCGAUGAUUUGGAAGUAUCACAUUAUGCACUGCGCGCCGACGCACCCAACGUCGCUCUUCGAGUCGGAUCCGCUCGAUCUCUCUUGAAUGUGAUUAAGAAGAAUUUUGGAACCAUCCCCUUUUGCCGCCGAUACCUUGAUCGUCUGGGCCAGGAGAAAUAUCUCCUCGGCUUGAACAAUCUUGUCAGUGCAGGUAUCGUCGAGGCUUAUCCUCCCUUGGUCGACGUAAAGGGCAGUUAUACAGCUCAAUUUGAGCAUACCAUCUUGCUGAGACCUAAUGUCAAGGAGGUCAUUAGCCGUGGUGAUGAUUACUAAAGAGUCUCAUGACUCUUCGGAGUAUUGGGAUUUCUUUGAUCUAUAGGACAGAAAAAAAGCCUAGCGAUUUGUAUAGCCAAUGAUUAUGACUAUCUGUAUUCACGCC